CCCGCGGCCCGGGAGGUUUCACUGCACAACAAGAUGGCGGCGGCGGCGGCGAGCGGAGCUGGCGGGGCUGCUGGGGCCGGAGCGGGGGGAGCCGGGCCGGCGGGCCGCCUGCUGCCUCCGCCCGCCCCGGGGCCCCCGGCCGCCCCCGCUGCCGUGCCCCCGGCGGCUGGCCCGCCGCGUCCCCCAGCCCCGGCCUCCCGCGGGCCGGUGCCUGCCCGCAUCGGCUACUACGAGAUCGACCGCACCAUCGGCAAGGGCAACUUCGCUGUGGUCAAGCGGGCCACGCACCUCGUCACCAAGGCCAAGGUUGCUAUCAAGAUCAUAGACAAGACCCAGCUGGAUGAAGAAAACUUGAAGAAGAUUUUCCGGGAAGUUCAAAUUAUGAAAAUGCUUUGCCACCCCCAUAUCAUCAGGCUGUACCAGGUUAUGGAGACAGAGCGGAUGAUUUAUCUGGUGACAGAAUAUGCUAGUGGAGGGGAAAUAUUUGACCACCUGGUGGCCCAUGGCAGAAUGGCAGAGAAGGAGGCCCGUCGGAAGUUUAAACAGAUCGUGACAGCCGUCUAUUUUUGUCACUGCCGGAACAUUGUUCAUCGUGAUCUAAAAGCUGAAAAUUUGCUUCUGGAUGCCAACCUGAAUAUUAAGAUAGCAGAUUUUGGCUUCAGUAACCUGUUCACUCCCGGGCAACUGCUGAAGACGUGGUGCGGCAGCCCCCCCUACGCGGCGCCCGAGCUCUUUGAGGGAAAGGAGUAUGACGGGCCCAAAGUGGACAUCUGGAGCCUUGGAGUCGUCCUCUAUGUGCUUGUGUGUGGUGCCCUGCCAUUUGAUGGGAGCACACUGCAGAAUCUGCGGGCCCGGGUGUUGAGUGGAAAGUUCCGCAUCCCAUUUUUUAUGUCCACAGAGUGUGAGCACCUGAUCCGCCACAUGCUGGUGUUAGACCCCAGCAAGCGCCUCUCCAUGGAGCAGAUCUGCAAGCACAAGUGGAUGAAGCUGGGCGACGCCGAUCCCAACUUUGACCGGUUAAUAGCUGAGUGCCAGCAUCUGAAGGAAGACAGACAGAUAGACCCCCUGAAUGAGGACGUCCUCUUGGCCAUGGAGGACAUGGGACUGGACAAAGAGCGGACGCUACAGUCGUUAAGAUCAGAUGCCUACGAUCACUAUAGUGCGAUCUACAGCCUGCUGUGUGAUCGACAUAAGAGACACAAAACCCUGCGUGUCGGAGCACCUCCUAGCAUGCCCCGAGCCAUGGCCUUUCAAGCACCAGUCAAUGUCCAGGCGGAGCAGGCCGGUACCACUAUGAACAUCAGCGUUCCCCAGGUGCAGCUGAUCAACCCAGAGAACCAGAUCGUGGAGCCGGAUGGGACCGUGAACUUGGACAGCGAUGAGGGUGAGGAGCCCUCCCCUGAAGCCCUGGUCCGCUAUUUGUCCAUGAGGAGGCACACGGUGGGCGUGGCUGACCCCCGCACGGAAGUUCUGGAAGAUCUGCAGAAGCUCCUGCCUGGCUUUCCUGGAGUCAACCCGCAGGCUCCGUUCCUGCAGGUGGCUCCUAACAUGAACUUCAUGCACAACCUGUUGCCCAUGCAAAACUUGCAACCGACGGGGCAGCUUGAGUACAAGGAGCAGUCCCUCUUACAGCCGCCCGCCCUACAGCUGCUGAAUGGAAUGGGCCCCCUCGGCCGGAGGGCAUCAGACGGAGGAGCCAACAUCCAGCUACAUGCCCAGCAGCUGCUGAAGCGCCCACGGGGACCCUCCCCACUUGUCACCAUGACACCAGCAGUGCCAGCAGUUACCCCUGUGGACGAGGAGAGCUCAGACGGGGAGCCAGAUCAGGAAGCCGUGCAGAGGUACUUGGCAAAUAGGUCCAAAAGACAUACACUGGCCAUGACCAGCCCUACAGCUGAGAUCCCACCGGACCUACAACGGCAGCUAGGACAGCAGCCUUUCCGUUCCCGGGUCUGGCCCCCUCACCUCGUACCUGAUCAGCAUCGCUCUACCUACAAGGACUCCAACACCCUGCACCUCCCCACGGAGCGUUUCUCCCCCGUGCGCCGGUUCUCAGAUGGGGCUGCAAGCAUCCAGGCCUUCAAAGCUCACCUGGAAAAGCUGGCCGACAGCAGCAGCAUCAAACAGCUGCAGCAGGAGUGUGAGCAGCUGCAGAAGAUGUACGGGGGGCAGAUGGAUGAGAGAGCCCUGGAGAAGACCCAGCAGCAGCAUGUGCUCUACCAGCAGGAGCAGCACCAGCAAAUUCUCCAGCAGCACAUCCAAGAUUCUAUCUGUCCUCCUCAGCCUUCUCCACCUCUUCAGGCUGCAUGUGAAAAUCAGCCAGCCCUCCUUACCCACCAGCUCCAGAGGUUAAGGAUUCAGCCUUCAAGCCCACCCCCCAACCACCCCAACAACCAUCUCUUCAGACCACCCAGUAAUAGUCCUCCCCCCAUGAACAGUGCCAUGAUCCCGUCUCACGGCGCUGCUUCAUCCUCCCAGUUUCCAGGCUUACCAUCCCGCGGUGCAGUCUACCAGCAGCAACCCGAGAACUGCUCCCCUCCUCCCAGCGUGGCCCUAACCUGCCUGGGCCUCCAGCAGCCUCCCCAGUCACAGCAGGUGACCAUCCAAGUACAGGAGCCCGUCGACAUGCUCAGCAGCAUGCCGGGGACAGCUGCAGGCUCUGCCGGGCGAGGCAUCCCCAUCAGCCCCAGCGCCGCUCAGACUCACAUGCAGCACCGUGCCAGCCUGAUGGCCACCUUCAGCUAUGGGCACCGCCCCUUGUCCAAGCAGCUGAGCGCCGACAGCGCAGAGGCCCACAGCUCGAACGUGAAUCGGUUCUCCCCUGCUAACUACGACCAGGCGAACUUACACCCCCAUCUGUUUUCGGACCCGUCCCAGGGUUCCCCCAGCAGCUACAGCCCUUCAACAGGAGUGGGGUUCCCUCCAACCCAAGCCCUGAAAGUCCCUCCACUUGACCAAUUCCCCACCUUCCCUCCCAGCGCCCAUCAGCAGCCAGCGCACUACACGGCGUCGGCCCUGCAGCAGGCCCUGCUGUCCCCCACGCCGCCAGACUAUACGAGACACCAGCAGGUGCCACACAUCCUCCAGGGACUGCUCUCCCCCCGGCACUCGCUCAGCGGCCACUCGGACAUCCGGCUGCCCCCGGCGGAGUUCGCACAGCUUGUGAAGAGGCAGCGGCAGCAGCAGCAGCAGGACUACCACGACCUGUUCCGACACAUGAACCAGGGGGACGCGGGGAGCCUGGCUCCCGGUCUCGGGGCACAGGCCAUGACAGAGCGCCAGGCUCUACCGUAUCCAAAUGCUGACUCAUAUCACCACCACCACACCAGCCCCCAGCAUCUCCUGCAGAUCAGGGCCCAGGAAUGCCUGUCGCAGGCGGCACCCCCCAGCCCAGCACAUGGGUACGCCCAGCCGCCGGCCCUCCUGCGCUCCGAGAGCAUGGAAGACGAGUGUUCCUGUGAGGCGGCCAAGGACGGCUUCCCGGACAGGAAGAGCUCACACACAGUGACCAAAGGUUGCCACGACAGCCCACUGCUCUUGAGCACUGGUGGACCCGGGGACCCCGAGUCUUUACUGGGAACUGUGAGCCACGCGCAGGAGUUGGGGAUGCCUCCCUACCGACAUCAGCCGGCCGCCGUGUUCAGUAGGAAUAAGGUGUCCAGCCGAGAGUCUGUCAUAGGGAACUGCAUGGAUAGAAGUUCUCCAGGACAAGCAAUGGAGCUACCGGAUCACAAUGGACUUGGGUACCCAACUCGCCCCUCUGUCAGCGAGCACCACAGGCCCCGGACCCUCCAGAGACACCACACGAUCCAGAACAGUGAUGAUGCUUAUGUGCAGCUAGAUACCUUGCCGGGAAUGAGUCUCGUGGCUGGGAAAGCGCUCAGUUCUGCCCGGAUGUCAGAUGCGGUUCUCAGUCAGUCCUCGCUCAUGGGAAGCCAGCAGUUUCAAGAUGGGGACAAUGAGGAGUGCAGGGACAAUCUAAUGGGUCACGAGCACCCCGACGUGACUGAUGGCAGCCAGCAUCUGAACUCCUCUUGCUACCCAUCCACGUGCAUUACAGACAUCCUGCUCAGCUACAAGCACCCGGAGGUCUCCUUCAGCAUGGAACAGGCAGGCGUGUAACGGGAAACGGAGAAGGAACAAAGCAGUUAAAACUACAGAGGCCAGGAGACCCAGAGCCACGGCCCUCCCCCGCCUCCCCCCAAUCCCAGCAGCCUCCAUUCCUUCCCAUUGCUGAUCCACAGAGGCAAAUACUAACCCAUAACGACUCUGGAACCUUAGUGGUUAGGGAAAGGGAGAGAGGAAGGGGUGACAACCCCUGGCGCUUGGAAACCAGAAAGAGAGCAAAAAACAAAACGAACCCCCAAGCCUGGGAGCUGGGAAGGUCUUUACUACUGGGAUCCCAUGGAAAACGUGUCUGGCCUGGCCAAAGUCACAUCAGACCAUUAGCAUGGAGGCCGCGGGUGGCCUGGCCUUGGGCAGUCACCAGUCAGAAUGUCUCAGUGGAAGCCUUCUCUUCGGUGUGUAACUCAGCUCCCCUCUGACAACCUGGAAGGUUGGUUGCCUUUAUCAUCCUGCUGGUCCUACCCACAGACUGAACACCCAGCAGUGGUACACGAUGCUUGUCACCUGUCAUUCUCAUUUUAUCAUGUGCUAUAUACAUGGGGUGAUUCUUCAGACACACACACACACACACACACACACACACACACGCUUUUCCCUGUCAGCCUCUUUGACACAGGCAAGAAGAACAGGAGGUUCUCUUGGGCCCUGCCUCCCUCCUAACCUUCUCCUCCUCCCCGGGCAUCCUCCGCCCCUAUUUUAAUUCUUGAUCAUGUAGGAAUUGUUUUGGGUAAAUGUUGAUAUUAUUGUUAUUAUUAUUGUUGUUAUUAUUAUUAAUAAAUAAAAACAAAAGGAAUUUUUGUUUAAAAGAGAAAUGUUUAACCAGAUUCUGUUCUAUUUGAAUUGUGACUUGCACCUUUUGUUCCAAGUAUUUUAUGUAGACGUUGUACUCGUGAGCAGCUCUUAACCUGGGCCCGUGACAGGUGUAGUGGUCCCCUUCCCCCGCCCUGGGGAAGCAGUGCACACGCAACACAACCGUUAGCCGCUCUCUUUGUGUUUCUUCACUGUUAGAAACCAAAGUCUCCUCUGCCGGCUGGGGGCUGACAGAGCAUCUGGCCCCUCUCCUUCCAAUCUUCAAGGCAGGAAGGAGAUGUUCAACAUUCUGACUCUUGAUCCUUUUUCCUGGGAAAGCAGAGUGAAGGGUCCCCAGUCUGCUCCUAGUCUUUCCUCCUGAAUUUGCACAGAAGAAAGCGGGUGUCCAGCAUGGCCGUCCUGGUGUUGCCAACAGGAUUCCCAUGCAGCUUGUCCUUCUCACGGAUACUGGCAGCUCAGCUCCUGGACCUGAGAUCCCGCGAGUGGAUUUCUGCAAUGUGAGAGCCUUUCUUGGGAUCUGCCCCCUGUUUCCAUGGUCCCCAAUCUCCCCUCCGCUUGGUGAAGCCUCCAGUUCCUCACCAGAAGAGGCGACCCGGAAGGCCCGAACAGCUACCGUGUGACUUCUCUGGGCUUGUUCCAGCUCCCAGGCCCCCCACCCCCGCCCCGCUGCCCCCUCGAUCCCGCACUCAGCCUGUUCUGUUUACGUGGUACUGUGCUGAUGGAAGAACAGGCUGCCCUCCGCCAGCGACCACCCGGGUGAGAGCCAGCGAGCCGAGAAACCGUGCCAUCUUGCGAACUACACUUGUAAAAGAUCAUUGCUUUGUAUCGUAGUAACCGAUAUGCGCCGUAUAUGUUGAAUGUAUAUGAAUAUAAUUUCCUAUUUCUGCUCUUUGAAAAUGUCAGAAGUAUUUUUUUCUUUCUCAUUUAUGUUGAACUAAAAAUGGAUUAAAAAGAUCUCCAGACCCAAACUGUGGCAUGAAGACUUUUAGUCUUUUUUUUUUUUCCUCCUGGUGGGCAACUUAAAAACUUACAACUUAAUAUCUUGGUUGGACAGUAGGGGGUUGGGAAAAUAAAAACCUGAUUAUAAUCUUA